AUGCCAUCGGUCGUCGAAACUGCGGCGCCCCACCUUCGGGUGUCGGCAGCCAAGGCCUCUUCGGCCAAAACACAGGACUCAUCUGCACGAACCUCGCCGCCGGAGGAGUCCUCGGUCGAGGACCGUUUCUUCUGGACAUACACCGAGGAGCCGCAUCGAUCACGGCGGCAGGCAAUUAUCAAGGCUCACCCGGAGGUCACCAAGCUAUGCGGACCCGAGCCUCUCACGAAAUAUGUUGUCUUUGGCGUCGUCGCUCUGCAGCUCACCUGCGCCUAUCUCCUCCGCAAUACUUCGAUGCUCGACUGGCGAUUCCUGGCUACCGCGUACGUGAUAGGUGCCACGGCCAACCAAAACCUUUUCCUGGCAAUUCACGAGAUCUCACAUAACCUGGCUUUCCGCUCUGCGAUGGCCAACCGACUGCUGGCGAUCUUUGCCAAUCUGCCCAUUGGGCUGCCGUACAGCGCUGCGUUCCGGCCCUACCAUCUCACCCACCACAAAUCGCUGGGCGUCACCGGUCUGGACACCGACCUCCCAACAGCACUGGAAGCCUUCGUCCUGAACUCGCUGUUGGGCAAGACAUUCUUCUGCACGUUCCAGAUCCUGUUCUACGCCGUGCGGCCCAUGUUCGUCUACAGCCCGCCCUUCACAUCGAUCCACCUCCUGAACCUCGCCGUACAACUGAGCUUUGACUACAUCUUCGUGAAAACGAGCGGUUCUCUCCAGCCACUGUACUACUUGAUCGCCAGCUCCUUCCUCGCGGGCUCGCUGCACCCCUGCGCGGGCCACUUCAUCGCCGAGCACUAUUUCUUCUCGAAGCCCACUCGACUCGCUACCCCCCCUGAAACCUACUCCUACUACGGACCCCUCAAUAUCGUCACCUACAAUGUGGGGCUGCACAACGAGCACCACGACUUCCCGGCGAUCCCCUGGACCAAGCUGCACAAGCUGCAUGAGAUCGCGAGCGAGUUCUAUGAGCCGCUGCCCUGUCACCGGAGCUGGGUCUGGGUGAUCUGGACUUUCAUCCUGGACAAGGAUGUUGGACCUUGGUGCCGUGUGAAGCGGGCGCAGGGUGGCCGUGUUGUUGGUGGUGGCACAGGUAGUAAAAGCAACAGCACCGCGAACGCCCAGAAGGCCGGGCGUGGUGGUGAGGGAAUCUCGGCUGCAUCGGCGGGUCCGGACGCUGAGGAUGGCGACGGGUGGAAGGAGAGCGAGAUCCAAUGCUAG